AUGAAUAAUCUCCAUUAUAAUGAUUUUAUUGAUUGUUUCAAAGAUUAUGACGAUAUUACCACUAGGUUGUAUAGGCUACACAUAACAAGUGCAGAUGAAAUUAAUGCUUUUUGUGAAGAAAUUAAAAACAAAUUAUUGAAUAACUCGGAAGAACAUUUAAGGGACCAUUUAAAGGAAAUAAUUUCAAACGCAGAAAAGCAGAACAAUCGGUACUGGCUAUAUUAUUUGAUCUUAAAGCAAAAGCUAUUCAAUGAAUCUUUUCGUAAUGAUUUUUCAUCCCACUACAAUGAACCUUUGCAAUCAAUUAUUGAUGAUGACGUGAAUUUGUUUAUUCCAUUCACAGAACGAGAAAAUUUUAAUUAUCUCAAACUUGCCAACUUUGAUUUCAUUCCGUGUGUGAUAGAAAAAUUAAAUAUUUUCGAAUUAUGUUGUUAUUACGGCUCUGUCAAUUGUUUCAAGUUUUUAAGAACAAAAUUCUCUGCAGAAAUCACAAAAAAGUGUCUUCUUCUUUCAUUUUUAGGAGGAAAUCCAGAGAUUAUGAGUACGUGUUUGAAAUAUCAAAAGCCAGAUGAUGAAUGCAUGGAGUAUGCAAUCAUGUCUCACAACGUCGAUUUUGUUACAUUUUUAAUGAACGAAUAUAAAAUUCCAAUCGACGUCGAAGAUUGCAUAAAAUACAAUAAUAUACAAGCAUUUUUUAUUCAUUUUGAUGGAACAAAUAAUAUCAAUGAAUUCGUUGAAAAAAUAUGCUAUUUCCCAUCUCUUUGGGAAAAAGUUCUUUCUAUAUUGCCAAAUUUCAUUGAUAACAAAUCACAAGCACUUGUAAGGGCUGCUAAAAAAUUGCAGCCCAAAAAUAUUAUCACAUCGAUAAUGAUGGAAAUGAGAAAGAUGAAUACGGAAAAAUUCUUCUGCAUUAUACUGCAGAAUGUUUUCAUCGAGUAA